GUGAAGCCUUGUUGCGCAUGUGAGCAAAAAGCGUCAACAUUCCGGCGAUGUCUUGCAAACAGAAACUAGGAAUAAGUUUAUUUUUAUUUAUUUAUUUUUACACGUCUCUACCUUGCUAUUCGGUGAGUUCAGCGGAGUGGGAAGAUGAUUUCACAGCCUCCAGCGGGUGGGAAAGGAUUAAAGAAGACACGGACGCGCAGCACGGAAAAUGGCACUUUAUUGAACAGGUUGUCCGGAGCUCGAAUCUGCGUAAAUCCAAGCCGCCGGGUCUCCAAAAGCUCCUGCUUGGACCCGCUGCCUCUACCAAAGACCCCCUCCCAUAUUUUAGUUUACCAAAGCUUUAUGGAAGCGGCAGCAGCUUUGCAUCCAGCAGCUUGUCCUGGACUGUUGGUAAUGUCAGCCUGGAGCCAAGAUCCAAGGAUGGAGAUGGAUAUCAAGCAGAUUUUGCAGAUUUCCUCAGAGUCCAGGGGAAGGUUUUGGGCCUACCAUCUGACUCCAGUCCAUAUUUCUCUGAGUGGCAGGCUAUGAAGCCUUUAGUGGAGUGUUACGAUGAUUUCAUGACCUUCACUGCCACUGGUCAAGAAUUCACACACCUGUUAGUGGACAGAGCGGUAGCCUCUCCCAUCUCGGUCUUCCAGCUGCCUCCAUACUGUGGUUACUCAGUGAGGACAUCAUGGAGCAGCCUGGAGAUGAUGGUGCCAUAUGAUGCAUGUUACAUCACUCAGGAGAACGGCAGCUACGUUCUGCCCAUGCUAAUGUCGGGCAGCCCACUGAAGCUCUCCUGCCCGAUGCAGAUGCCCUCUCCUACCCCGCUGUUCUCCCUUUCUGCCCCUCUAGUAUUCUGCUCCCCCUAUGGCAUGGCUGUGCAGAUACAUGGACAGGAGCAGGAUUUACCAGUGCUGGGAGUUGUAGUAAAUGGAGCUUGGAGUCCAUUUGAAUCUGAACAGUGUGCGGAUCGCGUCGACUCUCAGUCUCAGCCAUUUACCUUCUUCAUCUCCUUUGGUGCACCAUGUAUCACUAGUGCAGAUGACCUUCAUCUCCAGUUUAUACUAGACGAUCAAGAAUAUGUUCUCUCCUGUCCCCUCAGCCCUCACUUCCCCUACAUCCCCUCUACACCUUCGUCUCCUGCCGACCCUCAGUUUCCCUUCAUCCUAGAUCCCAUCAGCCCUGCUUCCCCUCCCCCUCCUCAGCCUCCAACAGAGCAGCCAAAUGCACGACUACCAGACUACCCCCACUACUCCUACCCUGGGUUCCAGUAUGCCCACCUGCCCCAAUUCCUCCCUCCUGGUCCACAGCCUGCACGUCCAACUCCUGUCAGCCCUGAUAGUCCUCCUGGACACCAGCAGCAGGUCCUCCACCCCACAUGGCCUGACAAGCUGCCCUACUCUCUUCAUUACCAGCCUCCUGUCAUAAUACAAGCUACACCUGCCCCAAAUCCUACCCCAAUGCAGGAUCCUUAUCCCCAUCAGGUUCCUAAAUUACCCGUUGGCCCUCCUCAGUUUCCGUUUGGUCUGCAUUACCCCUACAUGCAUUUCUUGUACCCUGCAGUGACCCCAGCUCCAACAACCACUACUACUACUACUGCUCCUCCAGUUACCCAACCACCUAAACCGCCACCAAGUCCCUAUUACCCUUUCUACUUCCUUCAUUUAUCUUACUAUCCUACAGAACCAGUGGCCCAAGCACCCACUCCUCUCCCUCCAUCUCCACCGAAACACCCCGAGAGUCCACACUAUCAUCUCAGCGCAUUUUAUCCAGCCGUUUCUUACAGCUCUUACUAUCCUUACUGGCCAAUUUCCUACCCUGAACUUUCUGCUUCACCUCCUGCAACUGCUCCACCGCCUAGCCCUACAACAUCUACCGCUACUCAAAGUCCAAGCAACCCCUCUGGACAGUUUUACUUCCAAAGACCUUUUUACUACCAACCACCCACACCUCUGCCACCUCACAAAGAGGAACCUGCACGACCCACCUGUCCACCGUACGCUCACACCUUUUGUAGCUAUUACUCCUAUUCUUAUUAUCCUUAUUAUAAUACUCUCUACCCGCCACACCACAGUCCAGUUUACCCCCCUGUGCCCCAGUAUCCAGGUGUACAACCACCACUGACAACACAUAUGCCCCCCACGACGCCUUCUCCAACUCCCUCCACAACAAGUUUCACAUCCCCAGCUUGGCCCGCUCCACAGUCUCCCCAACUCCAGUGUGUGACGGGGAGGAUGGUUGCCUUCCUGCCUUUCGCUCACCCAGACUCCAUCGAGGUCAGAGACCAAAAACAGACAUGGCUGUCCCUGUCCAGAGUGUCUCCACUGUGUGGGUACAUGCUACAGAUGGCUAAGGGCUCUGGGGUAAUCCUCCACUCUCCUCUGCCUGCCUGUCACAGCCAGUUACGGACUCCCACGACCGUUUCCUUACCUCUAAGGUUUUGGGACCUCUCCACAGCGCACUAUAGGACUCUGGAACUGCAAUGCCCAUAUCAAAUUCCCCCUGAAUAUCCAACAACGGUCACCCCACCCCCUUCCCCGACCCCACUGAGCGCCACCAAGGGCAAGAUCAACCCGUCUGUUGUCCCAAAGACUAAAGUCUUCUGCUCCUCUCAUCAGAUGACUGUAGAGCUUCCCUCCGGUCCCAUUUCAGGAAUAGUUGUAAAAGACAUCAAGGGGAACCAGAUGAAGCUCCAGGAAGCCCCAGAGCACUGUGGGUAUUCUGCAAGCAAAGGCAAAGAUGGCAAAAUACAUUUGAGUUUCCAGUUGCACUCGCGCUGUCAUAUGAGUGUGCAGGGUAAAAUGUACAUCAUCACUGUCGCCUACCUCACACUAAAAGGGAGAAAGGAGGCUCAGUUUUCCUGCCCAGUUCUCAACCCUGGGUCCAGGCAAGAGUGCAACCUUCCUAGCGACCAGCGUCUCCCCUGCGGAUCGGGCUCUGUGUCCCAGCCACAGUGCCUCUCCAUGGGCUGCUGCUUCAACAAGCACCCCCCUGCCUGCUACUACCCCAUGGACGAGUGCACUAUUGACCGCCACUUUGUCUUCUCUGUGCCCGCCGCCCUCACCGAGCCCCCUCUUUCCCCCGCCAUGCUCGUCGCUGCCAGCAACUCUACCUGCAAACCCGAGAGAGUCACUUCUGACUACGCGUUGUUCAAGAUCCCGAUGGACGGCUGUGGGACGCGCAGAGUGGUGGUGGGGAAAACUGUAGUCUAUAUGGUGGAGGUCAUCAACAAGGUUCAAACAAUCAGCCUCAACUAUGGCACCAUCACAAGAGACUCUCCUGUCAGAUUGUUGGUGGAGUGCAGGUUCAUGCCAGGAGCGCUACUGACUGUGAGCUAUGUGGUCAAAAGUCCCUCUCUUGGUCCUGAAAUUCACACACAGGGGGUGUUUGGAGUCCAGCUCAGGAUUUCCAAAGAUGCCCAUUACAGCAGCUACUACCCACAGUAUCACCAGCCCAUGCAGAUGUUGCUGGGGAAACCUCUCUAUCUGGAAGUGCGGCUCCUCAACUCUCCAGAUCCCAGUUUAGUGCUGCUGGUGCACUACUGCGUGGCCUACCCCCGCUCAGGAAAAGCUGUGUGGGUGCUGCUUUACAACGGGUGUCCCAAUCCCUAUGACCCAGCCCAGCUACAGGCCGUAGUGUCUAACCAGCAGCCAACUUCUCCUCAGAGCCAGACCCGCCGCUUCACCAUCAGAACCUUCCAGUUCCUUCCCGAUGGUGAGUUCAAGGACCCAGAUGAAGAGAUCUACUUCAUGUGUUCAACUGAAAUCUGCUCGCCCCGUGACGGGCCUUGUGUCGAGGGAUGCUUUGGCCACUGAUGUUACGACAUGGAAGACGCUAGAAGUUAGUCAGGAUGAUGUUGUGGUCUGAGACAUCACUCGUUUAACUACCAAUAAAAGCUCUUAAAUAACA